AUGGCCAAGUGGCUCCGGGAGUACCUGGGCCGGGGGGCCCGGCGCUCCCCCCCGCGCCCGCCCCAGCCCGACUACAGCGGCGGCGGCGGCGAGCGCCGCCCCGCCGGGGCCCCCCCGCCCGCCGGCCCCGGCCCCGGGGCUGCCCCCCGCGGCCCCGCCGCCUCCCCCCGGCACCGGCUCGUCCGCGUGGGGGGCGCGGGCCCGGGCGGCGGCCCCCGCCGGCGGGAGCAGGGCCCCGGCGAGAGCGAGUACUCGGAGCCCUUCGAGGCGGAGCAGGACCCGGCACCCGAGGGUGGCCGCGAGGAGCCCGGCGAGGCCAAAGGUGGGUGAGGGCCGCGGGGGGGGGGGGGCCGGCGGGUGAGGCCGCGCCGGGGUCCGCAGCUCUACGACACGCCGUACGAGGAGUGGGAGACGGCGGGCGAGGGCGCGGGGCCGGCCGCGGCUCGGGACAGCCGCCUGCCCCGGGACGACGAGCGGCCCGCCGACGAGUACGACCAGCCCUGGGAGUGGAAGAAGGACCACAUCUCCCGGGCGUUCGCAGUGCAGUUCGAGAGCCCUGAGCACUCUCCCAGCCGCCCCAGGGAGCCACCACGGAUGCCCCGGCCCCCCGCAGGCACCAGGCCAGGCUGCCCACCCAGCCCGGGGCGUGUGGACCCCUCGCUGCCCCUGGAGAAGCAGGCGUGGUACCACGGCCCCAUCGGGCGGGCGGGCGCCGAGACGCUGCUGGCGCUGUGCCGCGAGGGCAGCUUCCUGGUGCGGGACUGCGAGACCAGCCCCGACGACUACUCGCUCUCGCUGCGGAGCAGCCAAGGCUUCGUGCACGUGAAGCUCACGCGGACGCGGGAGCGGCACUUUGUGCUGGGGCGCGCGGGGGCCGCCUUCCCCUCGGUGCCCGAGGCCGUGCGGCACUACACGGCGCGGGCGCUGCCCGUCCGCGGCGCCCGCCACCUCUCCCUGCUCUACCCCGUCGCCGCGCAGCCCCUGUGAGCCUGGCGCCGUGU